CACAACGGGCCGGUCCAUUAAACCCAAUUAACUCUUAUGUAUGAGAAGGAACUUAAAACCCCAUUCAGUUUUUGAUGGACUUGUGAACGCUGCUACUAAACCAAGUUAAAUUGUUCAAAAAAGGAGAAAGUUAUGUCCAACAAAAAAGAGAGAAAAAAAUGCAAUUAGCCUUUUAAUAAAAAAAGGAGUAGUAAUUACAAAAAAAAAUGAAGUACUGUAGAUUAUGAUGAGUAGGGAGGAGGAAAACGAGUAUGAUACUUCACCCGCAUUAAGAGGCAAACCCUUAAAGCCUGCUGAUUGGUUGGGACUUUUUUUUCUACUUUUCUUUUUCUUUUCUGUUGCUGCCGUUACAGUUCCAUUUACAGCUCAUAUUGCUUGCGGCAGAAAAUUCUCACCAAGUCCUCUGUUGAACAUGACGAUUAAGCCUAAAUCGCCGGCGAGAUUCAAGCUAGGUAGGCAGUCUUCGCUUGCGCCGGAAUCAAGAACCCCGAUUGAUACGUUAACGGAAGAUGAGGACGACGACUUGGCUGCGGCGGCUACAGCUGGGAUCGGGGAUCCGACGAUUCGUUUAAUGUAUUUAGCCAACGAAGGUGAUAUCGAUGGCAUCAAUAAGAUGCUUGAUUCGGGUACUAAUGUUGAUUACCGUGACAUCGAUGCCCGUACUGCUCUUCACGUCGCCGCUUGUCAAGGACGAACCGAUGUCGUUGAGCUGCUGCUUAGCCGUGGUGCUAAGGUUGAUACGAAGGACCGAUGGGGUAGUACGCCUCUUGCAGAUGCAGUGUAUUACAAAAAUCAUGAUGUGAUUAAACUUUUGGAGAAACAUGGUGCUAAGCCUACGAUUGCUCCUAUGCAUGUCCUAACUGAUAAAGAAGUUCCAGAGUACGAGAUUCAUCCUACAGAGCUUGAUUUUUCCAACUCUGUCAAAAUUUCAAAGGGUACCUUUAACAAGGCUUCAUGGCGUGGAAUUGACGUGGCUGUUAAAACCUUUGGAGAGGAAAUGUUCACUGAUGAAGACAAAGUGAAUGCAUUUAGGGACGAACUUGCACUGCUUCAAAAGAUACGCCAUCCGAAUGUUGUUCAGUUUCUAGGGGCAGUUACUCAGAGUACCCCCAUGAUGAUUGUCACCGAGUAUUUACCAAAGGGAGAUCUUCGACAAUAUCUAGACAGGAAAGGACCUCUAAUGCCAGCACACGCAGUGAAGUUCGCCCUUGAAAUUGCUAGGGGAAUGAAUUAUUUGCACGAACAUAAACCUGAAGCAAUAAUCCAUUGCGACCUAGAACCUCCAAACAUACUGCGGGAUGAUUCGGGACAUCUGAAAGUUGCAGACUUUGGAGUCAGCAAGCUGCUGGUAGUUAAGAAGACAGUUAAAAAAGACAGACCUGUUGUUACAUGCUUGGACAGUUCAUGGCGAUAUAUGGCUCCAGAGGUUUAUAGGAAUGAAGAGUAUGAUACAAAAGUAGAUGUAUUCUCUUUCGCUUUAAUCUUACAAGAGAAUGUUGUUUUGUGGGUUAACAAAACCUAACAGAUGAUAGAAGGUUGUGAACCAUUUCAUGAGAUAGAAGACCGCGAAGUUCCUAAAGCAUAUAUUGAAGAUGAACGUCCACCAUUCAAUGCUCCAACAAAAUCAUAUCCUUUCGGGUUACAAGAGCUAAUCCAGGAUUGUUGGGACAAAGAAGCAUCAAAAAGACCAACAUUUAGAGUAAUCAUCUCUACUUUGGAGUUGAUAAGUGAUCGAAUUGCACGCAAAAGGAGCUGGAAGGUGAUGCUAGGAAGAUGCCUUCCAAGAUUCAGAUUGUUUACAAAGCGAGAUUAUGUGAAUCCCGGUGGUAGUAACCGCUCAUCAGGCUCAUUCAACAGAUGAGUGACUGCAAAGAGCUUUGGGUUUGUUUUUCUUUAAUUGCCUUAAAAGGAUGAAAAAAUGUCAAAUACUUUUUAGGUCUUUUGUAUUUAUAUAUGACAUCAUGACUGUUUUUCUUAACCAGAAUGAACACGGUGGUGUGUAUUAUUUUUUACGCAGUGGCGAAGUAAAAUAAUGAGAUCUCUGAGCUAA